AUGAGUUCUCAAGAUGACAUCAGUCCAUCCAUGAGAGGAACACAUGUGUCCACCGGCGGUCUGAGGCCACACACGGCUGUGCCCUUAUGCAAAUCCCUUCUGUUCACUCAGCCCUUACUUUCCCAUAAGCGAAACGGCAGUGAUCGAAUCUGCUUCACACAGGAGAAAGCGAAGUUCUUAAGAACUCCAACAGGCCAGAUGAGGGCAGGCGGGCGGAGGGAGGGGACAGGCAGAGUCGGGGCAGAGGAAGAGGUCCUCUGGGUUCAGCUGCUGUGGGAACAGACAUGUCGGGGUUCAUUCUGGAACUUACUGGACUACAUGAAAGGGAAAAUAACCUUUGGAGAGUUCAAAAGAUGAAGAGAAGAGAGAAAAGUCCAGAAGAAGGAAAGUCUUCAGGAAAAAGGAAAAUCAUCACCCGAAGAAAACGCAGAAUCCGAAGUUCCAUCAUCAACAGGAAGUGCCAGCAAAUCCCAGGACAAAGAUGCCAAUGAAGGAGAAACAUCAGUGAGUAAGUCAGUGCACAAAGUCUUUGCAUCCAUGCUCGGAGAGACUGAAGAUGAUGAAGAAGAGGAGGAAGAGGAGGAAACAUCUGAGCAACCCACUGCAGGCGAUGUAUUUGUGUUGGAGAUGGUUCUCAACCUGAAAACAAAAUCAAAAAACAAAAGAUGACAGAGUAAACUUCCCAAAGUCCUGAGAUGUCUCAUGGGUGUAGCCAUUAGGUGCUUUGCUUGGGGAGAACACAAGGAGGCAAUAUUGAUGUACAUGGAAAUGAUAAGACAAGCAUUGACUUUCGAACCAUUUUCUACACUUGCCGUGGUAUACAAGAAUGAAGGUGACAUGGAAAAAUCAUUGCAGUUCGAGGUGAAUGCUGCAUUCACAGAAGAAUGGGUCAGGCUGGCAGAAAUGUCUCUGGAACAAGCUAAUACUACACUGGAUAUUUUUUGCUAUACAAAAGCUCUUGAAUAUGAACCUAGACACCUGUGGGAGAGAUCAAGCCUUUAUGAACAGAUGGGUGAUCAUAAAAUGGCCAUGGAUGGUUAUAGGCGUAUUUUAAAUCUUUUGUCUCCAUCUGAUGGAGAACGUUUUAUGCAGUUGGCUAGAGAUAUGGCAAAGUGUUACUAUAAAGCCAACAGUAGAACUUCAUCUAUAAACAUAAUUGAAGAAGCUUUCUCAAGACACAAGGGCAUAGUCUCCAAGGAAGAUGUUAGCACAGCAGCUGAAUUAUAUAUCUCCAACAAGCAGUAUGACAAAGCUUUGGAGGUAAUAACAGAUCUUUCUGGAAUUAUCCUAGAAAGAGAAACUUUUGAAGAAGGCCCCUCAGAAGUGAAUAAAGGUAGUUAA